AUGCCCAUCGUGACUAUCGCGAGUGUGGUAUGUUUUUGGGCGCUAAACUUGGCGAUGGUUCUCUCACUAGCCUGCACGUUAACUUGGCUUCUCUAUAAUCGUUUCAACGAGAUACCAACCCGUAUUACAAUAGAGAACCAGUACGAGCCGGUGCAGAACCUCCCUCAUCCAGCAAUAACCAUUUGUUCACCUAACCAGAUAACUGCGAGUGGCCUGAAACAUCUCAACAAAACUCUAGUUGACGGCAAUUUAACAAUUAAUUUAGAAGGAACAAUUCCCAAGCUUCUGGGUUUCUAUACAAUAUUGAAAAAUGCAAACAUCACUCUACUAGCCCAUUUACAAUCGCUUUUGGAUGAUAAUCGGUAUGAUGCACCUGAAGUGAUGGGAGCGCUGCCCCAAAAAUGUGACAACUUCCUCAAAUUGUGUUAUUUAGAACGUCGUAAAUAUCCGAAAUGCAAUAAACUGUUCCGUCCGAUCAUAACUGCAUACGGCAUUUGUUGUUCUUUCAACAGUUUUUAUGAAUUUAAAGAGAAAAGGAAUGUUCCUAUUAACAAUUUUAAACCUUUCAUGAUACGUGGAUCUGAGUUUCACGACGGACUGACAGUUGUCGUCGAUUCUGAUCCUGAGAAUUCGGUUCCACACACAGUACUCUACGCCGGCGCGAUUAAGGUACUUAAUAACAAUAAUGUUAUGUAUUCAGAUUGGACAGAAUUUCCAGUGGACCACGAAUCAAUCCUCGUCGAGCCUGGUACAGAGACUUACCACCUGAUACAUGCGACAUACACUUACUGUUCAGAUGAUGUAAAAGUUCUGCCUUCAUGGAGUCGUAAGUGCUACUUCGCCGAUGAACAACACCUGCCUUACUUCAAAAAAUACCGACACUCCGAUUGUGACCUCGUGUGUUUGGUAGAAGCUGUCGAGAAAUCAUGUCAUUGCUUAAUAUUCACCGUACCGAAUUUACACAUGACUGCGGCUUGUAACAUUACUAGCAUCCCUUGCAUCAUCAAAGUGAAAAAGAACGCGAAUAUAUGGAUGCGAUCAGCCGCUUGCAACUGUCCAAGAGAUUGUGAGUCACGCCAGUACAAAGUUGACAUUAGCACUGGGAAUUUGAACGCUCUGCCGUACAUUCCUAACAAUCCCUUGUAG